UGCCAGCGCAGCACGGCUUAUAGGUUAUGUGUCACUGUUUUGUUUCCCUCGGGCCUAAUUAUUAAAAUAUUAAUAUCCUGUCGUGAUAACUACGCCCACGCUUUAUGGACGUUUAAUCGCGAUUAUGUUUUAGUUGCGGUUCUGUUCACGUGCCGCAGAGAUAUGCGCUAGAAGUCGAUACCGAGUUUGACCUAAAACUCGCCACAUUAUUAUGGGAUUUGCUUGAAGAACAAUGACAACGGAUUUGUGUUCAGGUAUUAUACCCUCCCAGUACAGGGAAUUCUAUGAAAUAUGUUCUUUUAAUGGCGAGCCUAUUCACCAGGAGGUUUACCAAUGUUUUUUAUCACAAUGUAAGGUUACUACUAUACAAUUAAAGGAAAUAUGGGAUUUAUUGAGACCAGUACAAAAUUCAAUAAACAGAACCAGUUUUUAUAAAACUCUGGCCUUAUUGGCCUUUGCACAGCAAGGAAAACUAAUAACUGAUAAGUUAUUUGAUAGUUGCUCAGGAAAAGAGUAUCCUAUACCAAUAGUGGGCGACUUGAACCCGGUAAAAAACUUAAAAAUGAAAAUCCACAUGACCGACAAACUAAACGCCGGCUUCGUGUACGCAGACAUCGUGCAACUGGACACGAUAAACAUCGAAUUGAUGCCGGAGAAGAAAGGUCUCUUUUUGAAGUACUCCGAAUACAUAGUGUCGUCGAGACGCUUUAAUCGGCAAGUAACAAGGCGUUACAACGAUUUCGUAGCGCUGCACGAGCUGUUACUCAACAGAUUUCCCUACAGGCUUAUUCCCAUUUUGCCACCUAAAAAAAUUGUUUCAGAUGCUCACUUUUUGGAAUCUAGACGUCGCGCUCUGCAUAGAUGGCUUACUUUGAUCUGUAGACAUCCCACAAUAAGUCACGAUUCGAUUUUAUCGUUUUUUCUGACGGAUCAGGGUCCUGACAUACAGUACCGGAUCAGGGACAUAUUUAAAAGGUGCCCUGACGAGUUUAUGACGUCAGAUAUCGCUGGAAACGCAAAGGACCUUCUACCGGCUGAUUACAGUCAAAUAGCUUCGAGUAGGGAGCAAAUAAGGCUCUUGGUGCAAGUCGUGGGUAAACUCAAGUAUCUAACGGAAAAAAGCGUUGAACGACAACAAACGUUUGCGAAAGACGCCGAAGAUUUAUCAGAGCAACUUCGAACUUUAAGCACUUCAAACGUGGGGCAGAGCAGUAGUUUUAUCAAGCAUUGGGGCGACAUGCAGCAAGGGUUCGGUUUGAUAUCCAGGGAUUUGAAACUGUUGCCUGCUAAAGCCAACCUUCAAGCAGAUCUUGAACAAAUUCAAGUCUGCGAACGAUUAGGUUUGCUGCUGGAUAUUUUGACGGCCCAUAAGGAACUUUGCGAGAGGUUGGAGAAAGGUUUGGCCAACGACCACCAGGCGGCGCUUUCGAAAAUGCUAUCGCUGAAAAAACGGAAGAUACAGGGGGUGAUCAGAGGAACAGAUGCUGAAAGUGUUGAACAAUUAGAAGCAAAAAUGAUGACGCAAGAGAGCGUCAUCAUGAACAUGGAGCUUCGUUCAGAUUACAGCCUUUACUGCAUCCACAUGGAAACGCAACUAGUGUAUGCUUAUUUGGAAACACUUUCAAGUAUUUUCCAAAGCAUGAUAAACUUGAAAAUCGAGACACAUACAAAGUUUAAGGAAAUCUGGCAACAAGUGCAACCAAUGUUUGUGGCAAAAAAUGACUAAUUUAAUAUUCUUCCCAAAGUGGUAUAGGUUUUUCUUUAGUUACCUUGUAGAUUUUAUUAACCAUAUUAUUAGGAAAACGUGGACCAAACUUGAAAUUGAUUGUGAUAGAAAACAUUUCCGUAAUUAUA